AUGUACUUCCCAAGAAUCAUCACCUUCUCACUCAUACAACAAACACUAGGAUUUAUUGCAUAUGACUGUGGUGGACCAAAAAUAAACAUAACGGCAUUCAAUAGUCUGAAAGUAGAAUUUUGUGACCUUCCGACCGAAGUCAACGUUCAACCUAUUCAGAGAAUUCAGUUACUACAAAAAACAGACACUUAUUCAAUACCUUAUAAAUCAUGUUCAAUAAUAAUAAACUAUUUCAUAUCAAGGUGCUCAGUACUAGAGGAUGCACAAAUGGUAGAAAAUGGCUACUUCACAGAAAUAUCAGAACUAGGCAGCUCACGUUGUUCAGAAAUUCACCAAAGAUUAAUUUAUCACCUACCACUUGGGGGGGUGAUUACAGGAUUAAAAAUAAAUGAAACAAGACUUUUUGCCACUACAAUAGCUGGAUACAUUGACAGAAAUGGUAAUUGCAAAGGUACAACCUUCACAUCGGAUAAAGGUACGUGGCAAGAUGUUAUUGUACAGGCCAAUUAUAAAAUAUUUCUGACCACUGGGGUGGCAAUAGUGAAUAGUAAAGAAAAUACACUAAUACUCUCAACGGGCACUUCAUUUAAACUAACAGACCAAUACGGCAUAGAUGCAUAUAAAGGCGAAGUGAUAUGGGAUUUAAAUGUAUAUGAUUGUAAUACCCAUGAAUUCACAAUAUUAUACGAUGGACCUGCAUCUUUAAUUACAUCGAUUAAAAAUAAACAUACUUACCUAGUUGAAUCCGAUCAAAUAGUUUUUGCCCUCACAAGUAUAAGACAAACAUAUGCCUGUCAUAUUCCAGUUAUACAGACAGAACAUCCACAAUUAAAUAUUCUAACAGACUCUCAAUUUUUUAACUUCUUCAAAACAAAAAGCAUUUCUCCACAAAAUACUGACUUAAUGGCGUAUAUAAACACAAAAUUUGUUUACAUCGAAAACCGAUUAAAAUUAUCCAUAACUGAUUUAUACACAGAUUUACUACAUAAACAAUGUGAGCUAGAGAGAAAAGUAUUACAACACAAAUUAAGUUUAGCUACAUACAGUCUUUCAGAAUUUGCCUAUUCAAUGGGUGAAGGACCUGGUUUCACAGCCAUUAAGGCUGGUGAAAUAAUAUAUUUAAUAAAAUGCAAAGCGGUUGAGGUGGAAAUUAUAUAUAAAGAUGUUUGUUAUGAUGAACUACCUGUAACAUAUAACAAUAAAUCAUAUUUUAUGGCACCGAAAACGAGGACUUUGCAGAAAUAUGGUACAGAAAUAGAUUGCAAUCAUCUAUUACCAUCUGCAUUUCAUCUUGAUGGAGAAUGGUUUUCAAUAACAUCAAAAAUAAAUGAAGUAAAAAAACCUCAAACCCUUAAACCAUCAACGGAAUGGACUUGGACUUACAAAAGCCCUGAACAUUUAAUGACAGCUGGAAUUUACACUCAUAAUACAAUGAAGGCCUUUCAACAAUAUUUAGUAUUACCUCAGGAGAUAGAGGCCUCGCAAAAAAAUCUUGCAAGACAAACCAUGGGUCUGUCAGUAAUGGAUCAGAGAUUAAAUUUAAACAGCUUAAUUGACGAAAAUACAAUAAGUAAUCUCGUAGAUACCAAAUUAAAAAAAAUGUGGGGUUGGUUCACUGUGUUUGGGGAAUUUGUCUCUGGUCUGUUAGGAAUAUUUUUCAUUUGUAAAAUAAUAUUGACAUGUGUUAACACCGGUCUAAACAUAUCUAUAUUAUAUCAGACAUUUGGAUGGAGCCUGAAACUAAUGGCAGGCAUUUUCUCCAGCAUUACCCAUUAUAUAAUGCACAAUGAACACCAACAACAACAACAACAACAACAACAACAACAACAACACGAAGAACAAGAACAUUCAUUAUACAAUAUUGACAGAAACCAAGUUCAAGGCAUAGAAAUGCAAAAUACAUCAUUUAGACCCCACAUUAAAAAUCCAACCAAAUUGUAUCCAAAUGUCAAAAAAAUAUCCAUUUAA